AUGCCUGGCAACUGCUGUUCUAGGAAAUGCCCCUCCGUGCCAGCCAUCUCUCUCUGCUCCACCGAGGUGAGCACUGGAGGGCCUGUCUCUUUGCCCAGUUCCUGCCGGAGCCAGACAUGGCAACUAGUCACUUGUCAAGAUAGCUGUCAAUCAUCUAGCUGUGGCUCACAAUGCUGUCAACCCUCCUGUUCCAUGAGCAGCUGUGCCCAACCUGUGUGCUGUAAGGCCCUGAUCUGUGAACCCUCCUGUUCCGUGAGUAGCUGUGCCCAACCUGUGUGUUGUGAGGCUACCAUCUGUGAGCCCUCCUGUUCCGUGAGUAGCUGUGCCCAACCUGUGUGUUGUGAGGCCCUGAUCUGUGAACCCUCCUGUUCCGUGAGUAACUGUGCCCAACCUGUGUGUUGUGGGGCUACCAUCUGUGAGCCCUCCUGUUCCGUGAGUAGCUGUGCCCAACCCGUGUGUUGUGGGGCUACCAUCUGUGAGCCCUCCUUGUGCUGUGAUGCCACUUCCUGCCAACCGGUUCUCUGUGUGCCCACUUCCUGCCAGCCGGUUGUCUGUGAAGCCAGCUGCUGCCCAGCUGUCUGCACUGUGCCUAGUUCCUGCCAACCAGUGGUCUGUGAACCAGCUUGCUGUCAGCCAGUGUGCCCAACGCCUAGCUGCUGUCCAUCCGUCUGCUCUAUGACCAAUAGCUCCCAGGCUGUCUGCUGUGACCCCAAUCCUUGUGAGCCUUCUUGCUCAGAGCCUAGCAUCUGCCAGCCAGCUACCUGCAUGGCUCUCAUCUGUGAGCCCAUUUGCCUCCGCCCUGUCUGCUGUGUUGCAAGCCCUUGUGAGACACCUUGCAGCUCCAGCACUUGCCAAGAACCCUCUUGUGUUUCCAGUAUCUGCCAACCCAUCUGCUCUGAGCCCAGCCCCUGCUCACAAAAUGUCUGUGCACCCAGUCCAUGCCAACCCACCUGCUAUGUAGUCAAGCGCUGUCAGUCCAUCUGCUGUGAGCCUGUUUCCUGCACAUCUACUUCCUGCCUACCUCUCUGCUCCCGUCCAGGAUCUUCAGCAUCUGUCAUCUGCAAACCAACUUGCUCUCGGCCCACUUUCUACAUCCCUAGUUCCCGCAAACAGCCUUGCAGUACUUCAAUUUCCUACCGUCCGAUUUGCCGCCCAAUCUGCUCUGGACCCAUCACCUACAGGCAGCCGUACCUGACAUCCAUCUCCUACCGCCCUGCUUGCUACCGCCCCUGUUACUCCAUCCUGCGCCGUCCAGCCUACGUCACGUCUGUCUCCUACCGCCCUUUCUGCUCCCAUAUGCCUUGUGCUGAGACUGACUCCUGUAAACGGGUUUGCAAGAAAUCCACUUCCAGCCAACCAGAUUGUGCUGACUCAACUGCCUGCAAGUCGGCGGUCUCAGAGAUGAGUCCCUGCCAGCCCGCUGCUGCCAAACCUACCAGCCCAACCACCUGUGAGGCUGUGGCCAGCCAGCCCACUGCCAGCAAGCCUACUGCCAGCAAGCCUGCUGACUGCUGAACUGACCUCAGCCUUGCAGAACAAGUAACCAGCUAGAGAGAAAACUUGACCUUGCUCUCAGAAGUUCAUUCAUCAUGACUUAGCUAGAAUCUAUUUUUUUUUCUGCACAAUCACUCAUCAUCUGCUUAUGUUGCAUUGAACUCAUCAGAAAUG